GUUGGAGUAGUGUGGUUUCCCACCCGUUUGCAGAGCUAGGCUGCCUCCGGCACCAGCAGCAGCAGGAUGAGGCCCAUCCAUUUGGCCCGGCAGCAUGGCACCUCCGAGCAGUUGCUGCAUCAGGUCAAGAUGGCGUCCGGGUUAAGGUGCUGCACCAGCACAGCACACAGACGGAGGGAGGGAGGAAGGGAGAACGGGUGGAUUUGCAGAGAGCUCUCCUGUGUGUGUUCUGUCUGUCCUCUUGUGGCGCAGGUCUUACCUGUAUUUCGUCGCUGUAAGGAUGCAUGGAGGGUGGCUGGGUGCCAGAGGGUGGGGUGCUGCUAGAGGGGCCGCAACGCCACGAUGCAGCUAGCUAUGGAGCAGAACUGCACCUCUGCAAUGGGGUGUUGCUCUGUCUGUGUGUGGGUGUGUGUGUGGUGCAGGGGUGCACGUGCAACUGCGUGUUGUGUUUGAAGUUGGAGGACAUCAUUAAAUCCACCUAUGUCAACGUGUAUGAGACCAAACUGGUCAGCCAGCGGCACACUGCACUUACACCCAUACUCAUGAGUACCCGGCCCGUUCUGUGCGUGUGUGUGUAUGUGCGUGUAUGUAUGUAGGAGGCCAACUAUCCCUCGGUAGACUGUUGUUGCGGCGAGUAUGACAACAUCACCGUCAUAUACUACGACAGAGAAUACCUCGACAGUGAGCCACACAGCCACACCCACACAUCUAUACCCUCUCCUACACGACGGCCUUGAUGCACUCACUGCUGUGCGUUGUGGUGGCAUGGAUGGAUGGAUGGCUGGAUGGAUGGAUGUGUCACAUAGACAUCGACCAGGCUGGCUGCUGCGUUCCGGCGUUCACCCACUGCCAGUGCUGCCCCACGUGUUUCGACAUGGUACACACACACAAAGGCACAAAGGCACAAAGAUACAAAGACACAAAGGCACAAAGACACAACGGAAUGGACAGACAUCCUCGUAUCUGUGUGUGCGUGUGUGUUGAUGUGAUAUUUGUGCACUUCUUGAUGUGAUGUGUGGUGUGCAGUGUGGGAAGGCGUUGGUGCUGCACGGCCCCAACAAGUGCGCCUGUAGCAAGUGUUUCAACCCCGACAAACUGUCCAACAGUAAGCAGCCAGACGCCACACAACACAUUCAACACGCUUCGCUGCCGGCCUCCCUGCCUGCCGGCCUGCUUAUUCUCUGUGUGUGUGUGAUAAUUAUGUUGUGGGCUGCAGCUCCGGUGUCGGCCAUGAACUGUUGCACUGCGUUCUGUUGCUGCUCCAAGCCCUUCAUUAUGGUAGGCAAGCCAAUCCACAUACCAAGAGGGAGGGAGAAAGGGGGCCGUCUGUGUAUGUCUGUCAAUCUAUCUGUGUGUGUGUCUGGUGACAGUUGCCGGGCCUGGACGAGGUCGAUGAGUUGAAGCGCGCCAUCUGCAGGCAAGGAAGGCCGAGGGAGACAACAGACAAGAAAUAAGAUGAGAGCGGAUGAAUCUUUGCAAGAUGUUUGUGAUCUCUCUUGACUCAGUGCCCGCGAUGCUGCCAAGUCUCGCAUGGACGCCGGGCACCGGUAGGUAGCACACCACCGGCCACACCACGCCACACACACACACGCGCAAGAGACAUGAACCUCCACAUCCGUUCUCUCCGCUGUCUUUUCCGUCCCCCUGUUCAGUCCCGACAUGGGCGGCCCGCCGGUCGAACGCACCAGAGAGAGAGAGGCAAUUGGGGUCUCUCUCCUCGCGAACCAUGUCUGUCUGUGUGUGUGUUGUGUGUGUUUGUCCACCAGGCGCAGCAGGUGAUGGCGGCCCCGGUGGCCCACCAGCCCAUGAUGGUGGCGGCACCCCAGGCCGUCAUGAUGCAGCCCGCACAGCCCGCAGGAGUAGUGGUACGCAUCGCAUCCACACGCACACACACACGAAGGAAGGAUACUUGCGAGGGUCGGUGUGCUGUGCCACCUCUCUCUCCUUUGGCAUUCAUUGUGUUGUGCAGGUGAUGACGCAGCCCCAGCCGAUGACCUAUGGCCGCUGACUGACUGAGACCCAUAGCACUCACACCAACACACCAAGACAGACACGUGACGGACGACACCCAUACGAUAGACACAUGACGAUAGGAUAGCGAUGAAUGAUGCAUUGCUGCCAUGCGUCCAUCUGUGACGUCGUAGCUGCCAGCACACACACGCCACACAUGCCUCCGUGAUGCACGCUUCACCAGAACCAGCGAGAUUGUGCAGCACCACCCCACCCCGGCCACGCACCCACACACGAUUUUUGGAUGGACGGGAUGGAUCGGUGGAUUGGAUGGCCGGCUGAUUUGUUGCUCUUUUCCGUGUGUGCGUGUCCAUCAUGAUGCUAUCUAUGCUGUUGGAGAUGUCUGUCUGCCAUGAUGAUGUUUGCUAGUGCACAUGUGGAUGGGCUGUCAGUGACCGUGGCCGGGUGCUGUGGAUGACAUUGUGUGCACACAUGAUCGAUGCAUUCGAUGCGCUGUCUUGCCUGCAUGGCCUGCCCGGACUGCUAGAAAGAACGUCGCGGCCGUUUGAAA